AGGGGAUGGAGAUUUACUAUUAAUCACAGAACCGGCUUCACUGAUAAGAUGUGCAUGGCAAUCGCAUUCGAUUAAUCAAGCAGCCCUCACAGCAGAAUAUUUUCUUGUUUUCUCAUGUCAGCAUGUGAACUCACGUGCACACAAACAGAGGCAAUUCAGAGUGAAAUAAAACCUGGAAGUUAUUUAAAAAGCGAAACCCAAAAAUAGCAAUUCACAAGUAUUGAACCGUAGAUGUGUACCAAGCAGUUCAAUAUUAUAUUGAGAAACUGUGGCAUAACUAGUUCAAAGUGACAUUUAAGUUCAGACUCGACUAAUAUAGAUGCAUCUAAUGAGCCAAGGUGAAGGGUCACAUGGAUCACUCAGUGUAUUAAGGGGUCAGUAGGGUCUUAGCUUUGAUCCCAUUGGCAGUAGCUCUGACUGAGAUUGGCAAUGGGACAGAAAUAACCCUGUCCACUUCAUGGGGUUGCGAGCUGCUGGAGACCUCCAGAUGCCAUCCUGCUAGUAUAGAUGACUAGAUAUUGCAGAUCUGAUUAAGGUGAGGCAGGCAUUAGUUGCUGAGGAGGCUAAAAUCUUUUUCUCCACACCAAAGCACCGAGGGCGACUACACCUAGUGCUUGUCUGUUGAGAUCUUUCAGUAGAGAAUCUCCAUUCAGUUGUUAUACAGUAGGAGUCCAAUAUUAAGACAUAUUUCUUUUGUCAUUCUCCAAGCAGCUGAUAUACCUUUGCUAAAGCUCAUAAUACAACAUCUUUUGUCCCAGUGGAAAAUGCACUUACUCUGUUUCUUGGCUCUGACUCUUUGCACACUUUCAGGAUGCUUAUGCGCUUAAGUGAUUAAGAGACGAAGUGGGAAAUCGGGUUAAUUCAGCUUAGAAGUGUCUCUAGGCAGGUGGGUGUCACUGCCACUUCAGGGUCCCUGUGGCCUCAAACUUAUCCUACAUCUACUGCAGGAGUAACUGAGUUCAGCAGGUUUUAGACUUUGUUCUGGUUAUUUUGUCCAGGUUUUUCCAGAUUUCUUGGAGGUAAUAGACUGUUCACCAUCCUGCUGUUUAUUAAGAGGCUGAGGCUCAAAUCACCAAAACUAAACCUGAUUCUGGGUGUUUCUUGUAGCUUUUGUCUUGAUGUCUUUGGAUUAGUUUUGAAGAUCUCACAUCAUUAGCAAUGUGUUAUGUGCACAUUCUUCACGAAUGUUCAGGCUCAUUACAGUUUCAAUAUAGUUGCCUGUAUUUCUCUGGUCACCGCCCUGAUGUGCUUUGACAAUGGUUGUAAAACUGGCUAGGUUUACUCUGUGACUUAUUAUAAUAGAUCAAGUUUUCCUGUCAUCUCUAAACACAUGGGUGGAGAGCCAUCCUGGCACCUGUCUUUUCCUGAAACAACGAUUACAUGACUAACAUUGAUCGGUGACACCAAAACGAUGUGGCUAGUGGAGCAACUGUCAUGGCGCAUUGGUAUCUUUUGCGCCCUGUCAGGAUAGGCACAUUGUUGCAUUCUAUGAGCUUAUCAUCUCCCUUUCUCUGUAAGGAGGUGUGUCGCUGUUGUCUAUUUAAAAUAGUGGAAUUUAACAGGAGUCUCAGCAUGUCUGCAGAACUGGAAAAGCAGGUUGGAGUUCAAAGGUGAUCUCUGGCAGCGCUAACGUGUUCAGUUAGUACAGUUAAUGUUUGUACUAGUCCCAGCAAACGUGUGGAUACAGUGAGGGCUGUUGAGAAUUUGACAGGCCACAGUUUUGAGAAUCACUCCUUCAGUGUGUCGUACAUACUGGACGAAGAGGCAGGAAGGGACGGGGGUGUAAGACCCCAGGUCCCGCGAGGGGCAUCUAAAAUGGGGACAGGAAGUCGGGAGCAGGAGUUUGGUCAGCCAGGGGCCAUGGGAGGCUCCCAGGGGCCUAGGUAUCGUCAGCAAGAGCUGCCUCUACGAAUCCUAGUGCCCACUCAGUUUGUGGGAGCCAUCAUUGGAAAAGAGGGACUCACUAUAAAGAACAUCACAAAGCAGACACAGUCCAAGGUAGAUAUCCAUCGUAAGGAGAAUGCAGGAGCCACUGAGAAGUCCAUCACUAUCCACUCAUCUAAUGAGGGCUGUUCACAAGCCUGCAGGAUGAUCCUGGAAAUAAUGGAAAAAGAGGCCAAUGACACCAAGAUUGUGGAAGAGGUUCCUCUGAAGAUCUUGGCCCACAAUAACCUUGUUGGGAGACUCAUAGGGAAGGAGGGCAGGAACCUGAAGAAGAUAGAGCAAGAUACUGGGACCAAGAUCACUAUUUCAUCAUUACAAGACCUAACUAUAUAUAACCAUGAACGUACCAUCACGGUGAGGGGAGGGGUGGAGGAGUGCUGUAAUGCAGAAGUGGAGAUCAUGAAGAAACUUAGAGAAGCCCAUGAGAAUGAUGUGGCUUCACUUAAUCAGCAGACUAACAUGAUGCCAGGUCUAAACCUGAACGCAUUGGGGAUCUUCUCCUCUGGCAUGUCUGCUCUCCCUCCAGCCCCUGGUCUGCGUGGAUCUCUGUCCGGCCCAGCCAACUACAGCCCCCUGCUGGGCCCUCCAUCAGUAUUGGGUGGUCUGUAUGGGGUUCCCCACUCUGGAGCAUUAUCUCUUCAGCAGGCAACUGCUGAACAGGAAGUGGUCUACCUCUUUAUCCCCACUCCAGCAGUAGGAGCUCUCAUCGGGAAGAAAGGGCAACACAUUAAAGAGCUGGCACACUACGCUGGAGCUUCAAUAAAAAUUGCUGCACCGGACAAUCCUGAUGAUCCUGAGAGGAUGGUCAUUAUUACUGGACCACCAGAGGCUCAGUACAAGGCACAGGGGAGGAUAUAUGGGAAGUUGAAAGAGGAGAAUUUUUUCACUGCUAAGGAAGAAGUGAAGUUGGGGGCACAUAUAAAAGUGCCUUCGUCUGCCGCCGGACGAGUCAUCGGGAAGGGUGGCAAAACGGUCAAUGAGUUGCAGAAUCUCACCAGUGCUGAGGUCAUUGUACCACGAGACCAGACACCAGAUGAGAAUGAUGAAGUGUUUGUUAAAAUAAUUGGACAUUUCUUUGCAAGUCAGGCUGCCCAGCGCAAGAUAAGGGAGAUCGUUCAACAGGUCAAACAGCAAGAGCGGAAACACCAGCAAACAGUGCCAACACCUUCACAACCAUCAAAAUGAUCAGCAGACGCCAGCAAGCAGCAGCUAAUGAAUGUAGCUAAUGCGAGGACAAAUCGAAAAUCAAGAAACAGACAAAGGGAGAGAGAGACAGAGCAGGAACCAGAGAGAGACAGAAGCUGAUGAAGAGGACCAGCAGUUUAAAACAACCAAAUAACUCAAAGCACAAAAACGUUUGGUCACGCUGAUAUGAAUGAGGAUGUUCGAGAACAUUUUUCAGGUCCGAGAUCUUUUUAUGACCAUAGACCUGAUAUUUCAUAUUGAGCUCUUUUUGUUACUGAUUAAGCUGAUGUGAGGAUUUGUGCACUGUGAAGUAGACUGCUGGAGGAGGUGAAUGCACACUGCAGGUAGAUUUGAUAGGACUUGCAGAGUCUAGUUGUGCAUUAGAUCUACUAAUUUAUUAGGAGAUAUAAUAAAUUGCACAGUAAUAUGUUAAUAAGAUUCUAAAAACAGUUCUAUAUUAGUUUAUUCAGCAGAAUAUUCUUUGGAAACUCAUUUUAGGCUAUUUAAUGUGAGUAUUUAGAUUUGUUUUUGAAUUUUCUAGAAACAAAAUUAGUAUAGCAUAGUAGCUAAAAUAAAAAAAAAAAGCAUUAAAUGAUGUUACAAAGGAACGUACAUGUAAACGAGUGCUUGCUGUGUGCCAGCAUUUCACUUCCAGUUCCUCUUUUUCCACUGCUGAGUCUGAGCAUUUCUCCUCUGCUUGCUGCCCUGUCCUCUUUUCUCUUUUUAAAAAUUAUAUUGCUUUCUCUUAAAGGUUUCCAUGUUCCCGACUUAUUCCUCACACAGAAUAAGAGCUGUCUGUGUGCCAACUGUAAAAAAAAAUAAAUAAAAAGAGGUAGACCUAAGUAGAGGUAGAUCUAAUGUUGAUAUCCUGUACUCCCCAUGUAUUACACCUUACACUACUGUUCUAAAGAAAAAAAAAAAAAUUAUAUUCUGCAAUUAUGCAUUAAAUUUAUCAAAAGUGACAGUAAAGACAUUUAUAAUGUUGCAGAAGAUUUAUAUUUUAAAUUGUUAAAAUUUAUUAACUUUUAAAAGAAAAAUCCUGAAAAGGAGUAUUGUGGUUUCCUCAAAAAUAUGAAGCAGUACUUGAUAUUGUUAAGAAAUGUUUCUUGACAUUAGACAGAUUUCUGAGGGAUCGCGAGACACUAAAAAAAAUCUUACAAGCCUGAACUUUAGAAUGGUAGUGUAUGCAAAUGAAAAAGCUGUAUUUCAUGUGCAAUCUGCACGGUGUCUGUAGGUCGUGUAACGGGAGCCCAUGGGGACCUCCUAACACCCGUGAAUGUAUAUGAUGCAAAUGCCUUCUGCAAACAUGUACUUUCUGUGUAGCAAACAUAACCCCCCCCCCACCCCCCCUUAUUUCACUUGCUGGGAUAAAUGUCUAUAAAUGCAUUUUUUGACAAAAGAGAAGAGCAAAGCCAAGACAAAAAGUUUUUUUUUAAGGUAUGUUAAGACGUCCCAUUUUUUCGUAAUAUAUAAAGGUGAUGAGAUUGGUGAGGGAUGACGUCAUUAAGCCUUUUAAAGUUUCUCCCAAAAGGCUAAUGGAAUAAAAAAAUGAAUGUGCUGGAUAUAGGUGACAGCUCGAAAAUAUUGGCUUUAGUAUUUCUUGACUGAUCAAAUGCAAACAGCCAGCUCUGCAGUACAGUACAGUCAUAGAGCGUAACAUUGAUAUAAAGCAACUGAUACAACCAUGAUUGAGACAUGAAACUGAUAUAUUGAAAGUCCACGCAUCUUUGUGUGAACCAGUACAAUAUACCGUUCUACCUCAAGAACAAGGUACCUCAAUCUGAUCUUUUCUCCCUUUUGCAUAUUUUGUAUACCUUGUAAAGCUCUCAGACUUGGAGCAUUUUUUAUUUUUCUAAAUAAAAGUACAAGAAGGAAAAAAAGGGUUGCUCAAGGCACCAACUUGGCCUGCUUGUUCUUGUGAAAGAGGUGUCAGAAACUGAUUGUUGCUUUAUGAACCGUUUGACUCAAAUGGGCUCUUGAGGUCAAUACAACUCUUGGGCAGCUGAACGUUUGGGUUGACAGAACUUUUGUUUCUUGCAGUUUGUUUGAACUAACAGGUAUAUAUAGUGUCUAAGAAUACAUCUUAAUCCAACCGUAUGCAGUGUUCUUCAACCUGUUUUUAGAAUGUUAUCUACAUGUUACUCUGUUACAAACGGGCUCUGUAAUUUUGCUCUGUUUUGGAGGUCGUAUCUGAUUGGAUGGCCGAUAACAAGUCAGUUUUGAAUGUUAUUCUAACAGCAUAUGUGUGUGUUUUUAUUAUAGGAAUAAUCUCCAGUUUACUGCUGAAUGUUAGCAUAACAAUAUUAGACACAAUUGAAUUUGAUCUUUCUAGUUUGGGUUUCUGUAGUAAAAUGUUGCUGUGUCAAAUAGGAGGGAUGUCCAGCGGUCUCGAGACCAUCUCUUCUCAGAUCAUGUACAAAGAAAACGUACAUGAAACCUAGUCUUUGCCGUAUUACUUCUGCAGCUGUCUCUGAGUCUGUUUCUCUUCACAUUCUGCCAUGUUCAAAAUGUCUUUAUUCUCCACUUGUACCGUGAAUACUUCUGGGUGUUUGAUAAGCCUGUCUCUUAUCUGAUCCACUUUUAUAGUAAUGUCACACAAUGUAAAAAUGAGUUAACAAACUAAUUUCAGAUCUGGGCAAAAGGGGGACAUAUUCCAUUGGUAUUACUGUUGGCUCUAGCCAAGUGUGGGUGAGUUGGGGACAAUAUGAGUGUGAGUGAACAAUCAUGAAUACACAUCUGUUUUUAUGUUUCUGGAAGGGUCACACUACCCUUCACAUGGAUAUGAGCAAUAAAAAGAGUCUUUAAAAUAA